UAACUCCCUAGCUAGCUAGAUACACCUGUACAGCUAACUCCCUAGCUAGCUAGAUACACCUGUACAGCUAACUCCCUAGCUAGCUAGAUACACCUGUACAGCUAACUCCCUAGCUAGCUAGAUACACUUGUACAGCUAACUCCCUAGCUAGAUACACCUAUACAGCUAACUCCCUAGCUAGCUAGAUACACCUGUACAGCUAACUCCCUAGCUAGCUAGAGACACCUGUAUAGCUAACUCCCUACUAGCGAGGUACACCUUAUAUAUCUAACUCCCUACUACUCUAUUAUCCGUUUACAGCUUUAACUUAAAAUGCUGCCAGUGAAAUGUCCCUAACGGAAACCCUGGUACACCUGUAUAGCUAACUCCCUAGCUAGCUAGGCACAUCUGUAUAGCAAACUCCCUACUAGCUAGGUACACAUGUAUAGCUAACUCCCUACUAGCCUGGUAUACCUUUACAGUUAAUGCUAACUCUAAGAACCAGGUACACCUGACAGCUUAAUCUAGUAGCUAGAUACACAUGUAUAGCUAACUCUACUAGCUAGGUACACUUGUACAGCUAACUCUACUAGCUAGGUACACUUGUACAGCUAACUCUACUAGCUAGGUACACUUGUACAGCUAACUCUACUAGCUAGGUACACUUGUACAGCUAACUCUACUAGCUAGGUACUCUGUACAGCUUACUCUACUAGCUAGAUACACUUUUACAGCUAACUCUAUUAGCCAGGUACUCAUGUACAGCUAACUCUUUACUACCCAAGUGUAUAGCUAACUGACAUUUGUUCUCUAUUAUACCUUGGAUCAGUCUUGUUUUCAUGUUGGAUUUUGUGUAGGUGUAUGGGAUGGUUUCACCAAGCUGAGAGCUGAGUUCUCCCCUCAGGCUGGUGACCACACCUACUUCCUGCCCUGGCAGCGCUACUUCCUGCGGGUGGUGGAGCAGGAGCUCCAGGCUGUGUCGUCAUGCCAACUGGGUGUUCCGUACUUCGAGUGGACGGUCGACUCUGGUGAUCUUUUGACCUCAGCUGUCUGGCAGCCCGAGAUGUUUGGAGGGGACGGAGAGAGAGAGAGGAAUGGCGAGAGGGAAAGGGAUGAAGAGAGGGAUAGAGUGAGUGAGGGGGAUGGAGAGCAAGAGAGCAACUAUGUCUCAGGCUGUGUCCCCCACCACUCCUUCCAGGGCUUGUCUGCACGGUUUCACUGGUCCCCCUGUCUACGACGGAGCUUCAACACCUCGGUGUCUGUGCCUGACGCGGUGAGCGUCCAGAGGCUACUGUCUCAGGGAAACUUCCUGUUGUUCUCCCAGGCUCUGCAGGGGCUGUCUGGGCUAUUUAGGCUCUGGGUGGGGGGCCACAUGGCUUCUCCUCUGGCCGCCUAUGACCCCCUCUACCUCUCACACGCCGCUUUCAUCGACAAGCUCUGGACACACUGGCAGGACAGGCACAGAGACGUGCACACUCAUGAAGAAGCUCAUGGGCACACUCACCUACACACCAAGUACCCGGUGAGGCAGCGUCUCGUCAAGAUGAAGCCGUUCGGCAUUGCUCCUGAUGAUGUGAUGUCUUCACGGGAACAACUGUGUGUGGUGUAUGUACCCAUAACCCUCGGAGCUCCCUGCAAUGUGACAUCAUCACUCCUUGCCGAAAGAGGGAAGGGCCGCCACAGAGGAGCGAAAGACACUGCCAGCUAUCACAGAAAGAGACAAGAUACACAAAACAACCAUAAACACAGCACCUAUGAUUACAAUGCACAAAGCUAUGAUGGCUUUGACCACAGUGGUUACAAUCGCAAUGGAUAUGACAGACAAGGUUUCAACCGCAUGGGCUGGGACCUGCUUGGUUACAGUAAGGAUGGUUUGGACCGUGACCACAUCGACAGAGAGGGCUAUGACAUUUCUGGAUACAACCGCUAUGGGUUUAACCGCCACAAUGUUACAUGGUUCGGGAUGCGCUGGGAUGGAUUGUUUAUGAGGGGGGAGGAGAGAGAAGAGGAGACUCAAGGGGAGAAAGAGAAGGAGAGUGAGGUGAGAGAGGAGAGUAGAGAGGAGGAGGAGAGAGAAAGAGAGAAGGUUAUGUCAGAGCUCUUUAGCGACAGUGGCUACAAUGUUUAUGGUUUCGACCCCUUUGGUUUGGACCGGGGUGGUUUUGAUGCAUUUGGAUUUCGACCAGACGGUUACGAUAAGGACAGCUGUAACUGGUUCUACAACGGACCGCACUACCUACGGUUCUAUUACCACACCCAACAGCAGCUAAUUUCAACCAAUCAACACACUCUUAACCACAUUACAAGAACCUGCUCUCCAAUCACAGCCCUGCCUCAGCACUGGCCUUUGCAGGAUUGGAUGGCUCUGGAUCAAGAGGAGAGCCAAGCCCUGAUUGGUCAGCUGGAGCGGGAGUGGGCGGGACAGAAGCAUUCUGAUGACUACUACACCCACAAGGUGAUGUCACAGAGGGGACGGGGCAUUUGGCUGCCAAUCACCCCAGACAGCAGGUUUUGUUUUGAACUACACUGGUUUUCCGGUUGUCCUCUUGGCUCUGCCCCCAUGACCUGCCCUGACCUCUGCCGUGAAGCCCGUUGUCUUGGUAACCCGAUGGCUGAGUGUCGUUUGCGGAACUGUGGCUCCUGCUUUACUGAGUGGCUUGACCCAACCACCGGAGCGUACGUCAUCUGCCAGGGCUGGUAACCAGUGCUGACCGGCGCCCAUGUCAUUCAGCGUAGUGGAAGAUGACUAGAAAAUGCUUUUUUAUCAUGAAAAACGUAUGCAGUUCGACAUCAGAGCUUUCAUUACCAAGGCUGGUUACCAAUUCUGGAGAUAGGACACUUUUCUCUUUCUGGAAUACACUUUGAUGAUGGGUUGGAAUGAAAGUCUGCACACCCUGUAGCACUUCCUUUGAAUAUUUAACUGAAGUAGGAGAUAUUUAGACAUUAGGAGGUGUAAUCAAUGUACCACACUGUAUUAGAUAAAGGGAGUGAAUGUUUCUAGUGUUCUUUGUUGCUGCUUUUACUCUUCAUCUAUUAAGCUGUUUACCCACCACAUGAUAUUCACCACACACACACACACACCCUGGCAUUUGUAAAAUGUGUCUUUGUUCUGUCAUGUUCCCUAUAGAAAUGAAAAGGUUACUUAUUUUUAAAGCAAGUUCCAUCUCCACACACACAUAUACACACAGUAGGCCGGUAUAUGUCGAAUGGGUCUCUGUUCUGUCAUGUUCCCUAUAGAAACGACCCUGUUGGAAUGUACUGUAAACAUGAUAUUAUGCCUUCAAUCUCUCUCUCUCUCUCUCUUUCUCUCUCUCUCUCUCUCUCUCUCUCUCUCUCUCU